UUCCUAUCCUAUCAGAAUUCGUGCACCAGUACUCCCUGUCUCCAUGAUUCCACCUGUCUCAAUGGAUAUACCGACAAGAGAUACAUUUGCCUGUGUCCAGAUAAUUACACGGGAGAAAACUGUGAAAAAGGUCUCACUAAUAUUCUUUUUUAAAGUUCUGAAGGUUCUUCAUCCAGCUUGCGGAUAACUUCAUGUCAGUCCUCAUUGUUUUCUUUGUUUAGAUAGAAACGAGUGUAUUGACAACUCUCAUGACUGUCAUGCCAAAGCUGUUUGUAAUAAUACCGAGGGAUCAUUUACGUGUAGCUGUACAGAAGGUUAUCAGGGGAACGGUCGGAAUUGCACAGGUGAGAUUCAUAGAUAUUCAUAGAGACAUAUUGAUAAUAAUGAAAUAUUUUCAUAGCAUCAUAUCCAAUGGCUUAUGGCGCUUUACAAAGGUUUGUUUGGGACUUUGGCCAGACUGCAUUGAGAAGUUUAGAAUUUUUUAAGGAAAUUUUUGUAGAUGGCCCCAUUUUAAGAACUAAGGCAAAACCACAACACUGAGAGCUGUGUUCCCUACUCUCUGCGAUAAGUGUAUAAAUUAUUCAACGUCCCCCAUCAGCCAGUACAGAAGAGAUGAAGGAGUAGGGGGCCUACGGUUUUUUUGUCCUCAUCCGAGAAAACUAAAAUGUCAAAUCAUUUGUAGAUGUCAGAGUAAAAAUAGCACAUUCUCCUCAGUAAUUUUAAGACUGUGAUCAUGAGUGUUGGUCCGGUUCGGGGCGUGAACUCUCGACCUCCCACACAGCAGUAAGGCGCUCUACUAAAUGAUCUAACCAUUUUCAGUUGUUAUCAGCCAACUUUGAAUGAAUUCCAAGUAUUGAACAUAUUAAAUGGGGAAAGUUUUUAACUAUAAUCGAUCACUGUUCCUCAAACGUAGGGAGAAGACGGUCCAAUGACACCCCUCUUGGUCUCUUUUCAUUCUCGCUGAGAGUGAUUUAUCUGAAGACCAAAACAGUUGAUUGCUGAUAUGCAUGACGGUCGAUUUUGCCAAAAACAUUGAUGGAUCUUCGUUCACCGGUUCUUGUUGACUUAAAAAUUUCCUGUUUUUGUGCAUUGUACCUCGUAUUUCAGCUGUUACCAUUGACCAACCAGUAACUAGAGGCAGUGGGAUUGAAUUGCGUCCGAGCCUGAAAAUUUCUUAAAUAGUCUACGAUAGUUUUUAAUCGCAACUUGUUUCUAGGAUUUCUCUUUAUUUGGUGUUACUGCCCUUUUCUGGUUUACUUUCAAACUUUUUAGAUGUGGACGAGUGUACCAGCCAAACCCAUGGCUGUCACUAUAAUGCAAGUUGCAAUAACACAGACGGGUCUUACACAUGCAAAUGCAAAACGAGAUUCACUUGCGGUAAGUAUAAGAAAUGUUUUGUGAUUUUUUUUUUUUUUUUUUUUUUUUUUUUUAGAUAGCGAUUUGCGUGAUCCACUUGAAACAGCGCCGAAGAUAAACUCUGAUAAAUGUGCGUUUAAAACGGAUACUUAAUUCAAUCAUUGCAGUUCAGACGGGCACUUUCUCAUUCCAUGUAAAUUGUGACAUAGGAAAAUACUUAUCAUAAGUGCUAUGUAAGCACACCUUCCCUUUACAAAAUGAACAUUGGCACAACCUGAAAUCUACGAAAUCGAGGUCGUACGGAUUACAUUUAAUGGGCUUAGGAUUCUAUCAUGGCAAUGACCAGGAACUAAAUAAGACAAGUUUUCCACAGAUUUCGCUUCGAUUUCGAAGUGGUUCAUUGCCUGAUAUGUCUACACAGGAAAUUCACUCAAAAAAUUACUUAACGAUCAGUGCUCAGAAAUUAUAUUCGUCAGGAGAAGACUCCUCCUGUUAUGAGUAACGCGUAUCCCAUAGUUUCCUCCAGAUAAUCAAAAUAAUUUCAAAUUUCUUUAUCAGGGUAGGAAAACUUGAGAUCUAAAGCGCCCUUAAUGUUACGUGUUUGUUCUCUCAACUGUUUGAACUGAUCAUACAACCAGCUGCCAGACUGAACACAAACAUUCGAGAUAGAGAUGAAAUUACAACUUAAUUAAAAAAAUGGAUGUCAAUUUUACAUUUUUCCUCUCAGUAUUCAAAGCCGGGUUCUCAAAUCUCAAUGCCACUGGAAGAUAUGGUCCAACAUCGCUCGGAAGUUACUACGCAGGUCAGGAUCAUGACGGACAAGUUGCUCUGUCCAGCGGUAUUCAACAGUGGACUGUACCGUACACUGGUGAUUACAGAAUAGAAGCAAUUGGGGCAGCUGGAGGGUACGAUAAAGGGAUGUACAGCCCUCGGUACCGCGGGAGAGGAGCAAGAAUGAUUGGAACAUUCCGCUUAAACAAGGGUGAAGUCAUCCAGGUACUUGUAGGUCAAGAAGGAGGAAUAAACAAGAAGUCUGAUUCUUCUGGCGGCGGUGGAGGUACAUUUGUAGUGAGAGGAGCCAACACACCUUUAAUAAUAGCUGGAGGCGGAGGAGGGGUACAAUAUGUAUUUUCAAGAUAUAAAAAAUGUGACGCCAGCACAAGCACGACAGGGAAUCCUGGAGUCAGACCAUGGUCAAGAGGGAGCAACGGACAAGGUAAAAGAAUUUUUUAA